AAGUGCAGAGUUAGCAGAGCUCUAAGCAGAAGCAGCUGGGUUGGUUCUCUAACCAAACAUUAUAAAAGUUUGCCAUAUUAGGCCUAUGUAUCUUAUGCUAAAGCAAGCAUAAAUGCAGAUGUGCACCCACAUAUUCAAACAUAAUCAUCUCUCUAUAGGUUUUAUUAAAACAAAUGUUAUUAGUAGUGUUUUUAAAGAAACUUAACAGCUAAAACUUUUUUUUUAUCAGAUAAUAAACGCUAAAGGUUAGAUAUUAGCUUGUAUAUUGAUAGUUGUAUGAUUCACUUCCCUAUUCAAAGGAAACAUCUGCACAAAUAUAAUUCUCUAAAAUUCCACAUAUUUCAUGGUCUUGCACAACGUUUCCACAAAAGAAGCACUGCUUAAUCAGCAACCUCGACAGUGGAACAAGAACUGAAUCAUUAAAAUGUGCGGUUUUUCUUACUUUGUUCUUUCUUCUGGCAGUCGCUGACUGAAUACCUGAAAUAAACAUUUUAAAGUUCAUGUUGUAACGGGAUAUAUUGUUUACGAAAGGGCCUCGAGUUGGAUAUUCCUCCGGGCGCUGGACUACAUUCAAAGAAAGAAAUCUGAAACAUUAUUAGUAAUAGUAAAUUCUAUGGGCGUUUAAAAUAAGGAUUCUUCACAUCUAGUGUUUACGAACGCUUUGGGAAUCGGUUCGUUUGAAUCGUUAAAAAGAACCUGUUUAAAACAAGAAAUCAUUCGCUGACUGAAGCUGUCUGAGCACUCCUGUAGUUUGAACUUAUAGUGAAAACAAAUGCAGUAUUAAGGAAACUUUUUUCCAAAAUGUUUUAUUUUUUAUUGUUAAUUUCAUGGAUUGUGUCCGCUGGUAUCUCCGCACAGCUAACACCAGUCAGAGAAGAAAUCUUUGAUUCAAGCAAACAGCGCAGUCUACAAUGGACAUUCUCACCACCAAAUGCUUGGAAGGAAACACAAAUGCAGCUUGGAAAAGACUACGCACACUCUGUCUACCAAGCUUGUAACCCAGAACUGAAUCAAAAUCACAAAACAUUAUGGACCUACUGGAUUCCCAAACAAGAUGCCCAUGAACUUUUUCUGGACCUAAGUUUUGCCCAAGUAGACCAGGAGCCUCUUUAUAUCUAUUUGCGAGAGUCGAAUGAAAUGCAUAAUCAGUACUCUAGAAGACCACAAAGACCUCUUCUCAUGCUAAAAGUCCAGCAUCAAUUUCCUGUAGAUGCUAUUCCUCAGGAUGAUGACCUGAAAAGGGCUGAGGGCCUUAAAUUGGGAAAGAUUACGAAGAAGGGAAUUUAUCUGGGAUUUUCCUACAGCGGCAAUUGCAGUUUUAUUGCUUCGAUCCAGGUGUUCUUCCUGAAAUGUCCAACAUUUGUAUGGAACCAAAUGGAAUUUGAGAAAACAGUAGCAGGAGGGUUGAGGAGAGGAGUGUGUGUGAACGGUUCUGUGGAAAUCAGUACCCCAAAGAUUGAGUGUCGAUUGAAUGGGACGUGGGGUCCACCGCAGGGGUUGUGUUUCUAUGAUGGAAACAAGACAGAUGGAAACCGUUCGGAAGUAAGACCUCCAUUCAACCUGUUGUCCAUUCCUGACUCCAUAGCUGAUUCUGGCUUGGGACUCUCUCCUGUCCUAACUGCUGGUCUACUGUGUUCCAUUCUGGUUCUUCUCAUUCUCAUUGCUGUUGUGUUCAUCUUUGUAAGGCGUUGCAAGCUCAGUGGAGGUCAAGAAAUGCAGCCCAUAUCCAGCUCUGAUGUGAUUCGAUAUCAACGUCAUCAAGAACAAGUGUACACUGCUCAGCCGGAGCUAGUGAACACUUCUAGGAUGGGCAGCUGUAAUCAUAGUGGUGAAUGUAGGCCUUGUCCUCCCAGAAGUAUAACACACGGAGAGGAAGUGUAUCUGUGUGACUAUAGAUAUGAACAGCUGCACACUGACCUACCUCAGCUGAAAUCUACAAUGUCAGGCUCAGUUGAGAUGUUGGACAGGAUGAGUGAUAGGCUGCUUUGUGAUCUUAAAGACGUGAUGGUUGAACGUACAAAGUUGACAAUGGGCCAAAAACUUGGGAAAGGAGAAUUUGGAGCUGUCUACGAGGCUAUAUUUUCCCCUCAAAGAGGACAAGACAUGAGAGUGGCAGUGAAAACAUUAAAAGGUGCAGUCCACAGUAAAGAAGAUCUGGAGUCCUUUCUCAAGGAGGCAGAAAUUAUGAAGCAUUUUGACCACAUAAAUGUAGUUAAAUUGCUUGGGGUCGCACUAGAGCGGGAUCCACAGUCCUCCAUCCAUGUACCGCUUGUUAUUCUGCCUUUCAUGAAACAUGGAGACCUACACAGCUUCCUCAAAGCAUCCCGCUACGGUGAUGUUCCCAUGUUUGUGCCUUAUCAGAGUCUUCUGCGUUUCAUGAUUGACAUUGCUGCAGGAAUGGAGUAUCUCAGCCUUCAGGGUUUCUUACACAGAGACCUGGCUGCCCGAAAUUGCAUGUUGGGGGAUGAUCUGCGUGUUUGUGUGGCUGACUUUGGCCUGUCUAAGAACAUCUAUUCCAGUAACUACUAUAGGCAGAAGAAUAUGGAUGUUAACAUGCCUGUAAGGUGGAUGGCCAUAGAGAGCCUGUCUGACUUCUUAUACACCACCAAGAGUGAUGUGUGGUCUUUUGGAGUAACUAUGUGGGAGAUCACAUCCAGAGGGAAGAUACCUUAUCCGGGUAUCUCUGGUCAUGAGCUCCUGGACUUCCUGGAAAAUGGACACCGUCUCAAACAAGGGAACAAUGACAGCAAAUUAUAUGAGCUUAUGUUGAGCUGCUGGCACAGAGAUCCCUCUCAGAGGCCAGGUUUUAGAGAGCUGGGUGAGAACCUCAAAGCACUUCUGUCUGAGCUUCCAUCCCUGGAGGCCAGUAAAGAGGGCCACUACAUCAACCUGGGCUUGAAGGCAUCCAGCGAUCACCAGGACACCACAGAGACCCUGUAGCCUGAGGUGGAGAGGAUGUUGUAAACUACAUAUGCCUUGUGUCCUAUUCUAGACCUGUGAGGAAAGAAAAGGAAAUUGAUGAGGAGGAAGACCUGGUGUGCAUUAAAAUUUAAUUUGAGAAUAUACUCCACAGCAGGCAUUUAUUAGUGCAUAUUUUAAGUAUUAUGAUGAGAUUUCGGUUACACAUAUAAAAUAAAAAAUAAAAUACAUAAUAUAAAAUUCUACAGAAUUGGACCAAAAUCAGUGUUGAAAAUAUCUUGCAAAAAAUGUGUCUGUAUGCAAACUGUAUAACAUUCAAGGUACACAUUUGUAGCAAUCGGGCAGUUAAUUCUCAUAUUGUAUUUACAGAAAGUUUUGGAAUAUUUGCCCUCUCCCCAAAUUUGUCACUGAAACACAGUAAUAAUAAUUUAAUUAGGGUUAUGUUGACCUAUUAAGAUUUUGCUUACAUCUACAUUGUAAAUAUAUAUUUUUUUGCUAUUUUAUUAAAAGAAUUCAGAGGUAAGUCAAUAACAAAUAACAUUUUUAACAAUAUUUCAAGUGUGAUUUAUGAGAUUUGUUGUGUUUUGAAUCUGUUUUUUCUUUGUAAAAGGCAAAAAGAUGAUCAUACUGAUUUCAAAGUUAAGGAUUCAUUAGUUUGAACACACACUGAACCAAAAAAUAUCAUAACAUCUGACUUGAUAAUUCCAUAUACUUUAUUUUUGACAAAACAUCCCAUGUUUCGGUAGUGACUGCAUAUUUUCAGUAGUGACAGUAAUGCUUUGGUAGUGACCACAUCACAUUACAGAAUUUUAGCUUUGAAACUAAAACACAAAAAAACUGCAUAACUCUACUGAAAUGUUUGUUUAUUUGCCCAAAUAUGAGGACUGUGUCACUACCGAAUCAACGAUGACAUGUUUUAAAAGUGACUGUUUCGGUAGGGACAAUUUUAUAUACUUUUGAACCUAGCUCAAAGAUGCUAAUCAGCACAUGGUUAGCUAGCACAGUUCUGAAUAGUAUUACACAUAUAAAAACGUGUGGAAAAUAUUGUGGAAUAACUCCCAAAAAAGUCUGCUUAAUUAUAGAAAAAAAGGUGUUCGGUAGUGACAUUCUUUAAAGUUACACAAAGAUUUUUCAGACUUUUGAACACAUUUACUUUAAAAUGAUGGGACCUAUCUAGCUAUGGGACACGGGAUGUAGAGGUGUAGUUAAAAUCAGUCUUAGCAAAUGGACUAAAACAUACUUCGGUAGUGACAUGAAAAAUGCAGGACACAUUUUUAUUUAUUUUUUUUACAUUAAGUUCCCUAAUUUACAAACAAAAUAUAAAACCAAUAUUCUUUUUUUAACUUUUAUGAAAAUACGUUUAAAAACAACAAUGAAAUAAAAAUACAAAAAUUAUUUCAAUAUAAUUGUCAUAAGUUUGAAAUUAAGGGGUUAGGGUCAGUUGAAAGUAUCCAAUAAAUGAUGAUUAUUAAAAUAUAUUAAGCUUACUAAUAUUUUAAAUAUUAUUGUGGGUUUUAAUAGAUAAUGGAAGGACCUUAGU